AGGGAAUAUGGAUUGGAGAGUAUCAUAUACUCUACUCCCUUACUUAAAUUCCACCGCUGAAACCUCCCCAUCUUCCUACAUUUGAGGCUCUACUGUCUGAAUCUCCCAAGUAUAUCGCUUCAAAAUGCAAGAUCCAUCAAAUCCAAACUCCAAGCAACAACUCAAUCAAACCCCCUCAUUCCGUCCAUCUCAUCACCGUAGAGCUCACUCUGAAGUCAACUUCCGUCUACCCGAAGAUCUAGAUCUGGUACCCGACCCUUUCGAUGCAGAGAUCGGAUCCGAAGAUGAUUUCUUCUCUACUUAUAUGGACAUUGAAAAACUCGGUUCCGGAUCUAACCCUAGCGGCGGUGGCGAUGUUGCUGGAUUCAACAAUGCUGGUGGAGCUGGAAGUAGUAGUGGUGGAUUGGUUGCUGAUUGUGGUGAUGGUGAGACGAGUUUUACGAGGCCGAGACACAGGCAUAGUAAUUCUGUGGAUAGUUCGAGUUUGUUGCUGAGUGAGAGUAUUGAAGCUAAGAAAGCUAUGGCUCCCGAUAAGCUUGCUGAGCUCUGGACCAUCGAUCCGAAGCGCGCUAAGAGGAUUUUGGCGAAUCGGCAGUCUGCUUCUCGCUCGAAAGAGAGGAAGGCCCGUUACAUAACUGAACUUGAGAGAAAGGUUCAGACCCUUCAAACAGAAGCAACCACUCUUUCUGCUCAAUUAACCCUUUUCCAGCGGGAUACAACCCAGUUUACUAAUGAGAAUACAGAGCUUAAGCUCCGUUUGCAAGCUAUGGCACAGCAAGCUCAGUUACGUGAUGCUCUGAAUGAAGCCCUAAAGCAGGAAGUGGAAAGACUUAAAAUGGCUACGGGGGAAAUGUCCUCCUCUUCAGAUGUAUACAAUUUGGGGAUGCAGCACAUUCCAUAUAACCAAUCAGCAUUCUUUUCCCAUCAGCCACAGUCAGGACAUAGCGAAUCGCAGAACAUACAGAUGCAGCAAUUUCAUUCCCUCCAGGACAGCUUGUUGACUCCUAAUCGCCGUUUUGCAGGCCAUGUACAGUGUCUCCCAGAUACAAUGCAACAGGAUCCCCUUGGUCGUUUUCAGGGUCUCGAUAUUGGUGGCAGGGGUAUGCAGCAUCUUGUCAAAACUGAAGCACCUUCUAUUUCUGCCAGUGAGAGCAGCAGUACAUUGUGAUUGCGUUGCCAAUUUGUGCAAUCACCCUCCCGACCUUAUUUAUUGGAAUUGUUCAUAGACUGACACAUGUUUAACAUCCAAAACUUGAUAUUCAAUUUUUUUUAUUUUUUAUUUGUUCCAUUUGACUUCACAGUCUUAGGCUUCCGUAGCUUCCAGAUGUCUUGAUGUGUUUUUUGAUUUUGCGUCUUUUUUUUCUUUUUCUUUUCGCUAGUCUGUAUCAUUUCUUGUGAUUUAUUCAUGUAACUUUAAAGGAAGGUUGUUACCGCUGCUCAA